AAGAAGAAGAAGGCAGAGCAGACAUCAUGGCGUCUGGUUCUUACUCCGAAGAUUUGACUUGUCCAGUCUGUCACACUUUCUUCACAGAUCCAGUGUGUCUUCCCUGUGGACACGCUUUCUGCAGAGGAUGUAUUCCAGAUGGUGUGAGUUCACAGCUCUAUUGUCCACAGUGUGGGGAGGCUGCUCCUGCAGAGGGGAAAUGUCUCCCCACCAGCCUCAUAUUGAAACGACUCGCGGAGAAGGCCAAGGCUGAGGCAGCUGAGUUGUGCCCAGAGCAUGAAGAAAAGCUGAAACUGUUCUGCGUCACGGAUCAGCAGUUAACUUGUAUCAUCUGCCGAGAUGGGGAGAAGCACGAAGGACACAAGUUCAAACCAAUCAAAGAAGCCGCUGCAUCUCUGAGGCAGGAGUUGGAGAAGGGUAUAGAGAACUUCAGUGGGGAUAUUCUUGCUACAGAUAGCUUAGCAAAAAGUCAGAGAGAAGAAAUAACAAAAACCAAAGCAAAGUCUCAGCAGCUGACCACCCAAAUCUGCAGAGAGUUUAAGGAAAUGUAUGACUUUCUGAGAAAGAGAGAAAAGGAGAUAAAGAAAGAGCUGAAAUUCAAAGAGGAAGAAGCUGUUGACAAAAUGAGCAAGAACCUAAAUGCUAUAGAAAAAGCUCUAUCUGAGAGCAGAGAGCUGGAGCAAAAGAUAAAGUCUGUUCUGAAAACUGAAGAUUCAGGAAGUCUCCUAAAGAGCUGGUCAGAGGGCAACAGCAAGAGGACUCCGCCCAGAGCAAAAGAUCUCCAAGUGGUGAAUGACUCACUGUGUUUUGAGCCCUACGAAAGCCACCUGCAGUUCUUCAUGUGGAAGGAGAUGCUUCAGGUGAUCAAGCCCCGGGCAGAGCUGCUCUCUCUGAACAGUGACAGUUCGGACAUAACUCUAUCUGAUGACGGACAGAGUUUGUUUUGUAAUCCCAAAACUAAGCAAGCGAACGUAUAUUGUGGGAAUUGUGGUGUUCAUUGUAACAGCCCCCACCUUAAACUGCUGGGGCAGAAGCUGAGGCCUGCCUAUGGUUACGUAAACCAGUUUCCUACAAGAGCUUCUCCUAUUCCUUCUUCUAAUGGAGAACUUGUCAUCCACACAAAUACUGAGUUCUCUUCAGGGCAGCAUUACUGGGAAAUAGAUGUAGGACAUAGGGACUAUUGGAAACUUGGAAUAAAAGAUAAUUUCCUGAAAUAUGAAAGCCAAAAAUAUGCAACCUAUUGUAAAAACAAUAUCCAGAAACUCCAGGAAUUUGGAAACAGACCUCGAAAGAUUGGUAUUUACCUAAACUGCACAUCCAAGACGCUCUCCUUCUAUAAUGCAGACAGCAUGACGCUCAUUCACACGAUGACAUUGGGCUCAAUCUCCAUGCCACUGUCAACAUAUGUUGCCAUUUACAUCAACUCUGAAGAGCCAGAUCGAAACCCACUGACAGUGUGCAGCUACUGAGGUCCACAUCAAUAUUGAAACAAGCACCAGGUUGCUCAUAGUGUCAUCUUGUUUGGAGCAGAAAUAUCCGGGAAUCAGGAAUGUUUCACCCCCAGGAGAUAAAUAGAAAAAUCAAGUUACUUUAAAAAACAUGACCUUUUGGGGAAGUCACAAUAACUAAUACUUAGUAAAGAUAAGAUAAAAUAAGAUAUACUUUAUCAAUCAAAACGAUUAGGAAAUGUUUUUGUAGCAGCAGCAUGUAAAAUCACAGAGUUUAAAAAAAAUAAAAUUACACAUACACAACAAACCGCAUCCCAUGGAUUCAUAUUUCCAUUAGCAGCACACUGACUUUGGUUUAGCACUGCAUAGACUGCUGUAUACAAUAAUUAUCCUGCCGGUGUAUAUGGUGCCAACACUUUGAUUUCUGCUUUUCCUUUUUUUUUCAAGCAAUUGAAAUAUUUGUUUAAGAUAUGUUCGUUGAAUAACGUGUUCUCUAUUUGCAGUCUGAUUUUGAAUGUUUUUUUAGAAAGUUUUACGUGAGUGAAUCAAAGAGGCAGGCAGUUUUCAUUCAGAAAUCUUUAUUUUAAUAUGUAUUUGUUUAUGCUACUGUUUUGUUGAUGUUCUUAGGAUGUUAACUUCCCCAGUUAAUUAUAUUAUGUGCUAUUGUAUUUUUGAAGACUAGAUACUUUUCUGGAAGAUACUUUUGUUUUACUUGCACUACUUCCACUUAUUUGUUGCUAUUUCUUGAUUAUUGAUAAUGAAUCGAGUCAGGUUGUAUGUAUCUAUGAUCCUGUGGUUGAUAAAUUCCUGAAGAUAUACAUGUGAUCAUGUCAGUUAUUUAAUGACAGAAGAGAUUCAUGAUUUGAUCAAAUGGAAUUCCAAACUUUAAUUUCAUUUGGUAAGAGCUUAAUUUUGUAUUGCAAAUUGAAUGUAUGUCGCUUGUUUCUUCUCUCACGUUACUGUAAGUAUUUGUUGUAAGUAACUAUAAUUGACAGACCAUCUAUUUUGAUUGUUUAUUUAUCUUUUGAGUACGGGGCAGGCAAAAUAAGAUGUAUUCUUCCCCCUGCUCCUUUUUGCUCAUGGAAUGUGUAACUAGAGUUGUGUUUUGAAUGUGAAUUAUUUUUCUUUUCUUUUUUUUCUUAUGUUGUGCACCAUCAUGAGCAGAACAAAUAAAAUGAAAUGAAAUGAA